GGGCGUUGGGGAAGGACGGGGAGGGGCUGGGGACGGAGAUUCGAGGUCCCAGAGCAGAGCUAGACGCGGGGUGCUUGCUGUCUCUGUUCUUCUGGGGGCUUCCCCAGAUUUGGGGGAGUUUUGAGGAUGAGUGGAACCGGGGCUCCCGGGCAGAGGGCGGCGAGAGGGAGGCGAGCGGGGAAAGCGGCCGACGCUCGCGGCGGGCGGGCGCAGACUGAUACACCUCGGGAAGCCGGGAGCUUGACCCACCAGCCCGAGAACCUGCUACCCCCUGCGUCCAGCUGCUUGGCCCCUGGAGACCGAGCUCGAUUCAGAGCCAGCAGACAUCACCCUUUCUUCCCAAACCUAGCUGUUUGUUUGUUUCUGUUGCUCUUCCUUCUCCCUUCUGUGCUCUCCCUCCCGUGCCCCCGGUUCCUCCGAUCUGUAUUGUCUCCAGAGCCGCAAACGUCUUACUCCUUCCGCUGCCUCCAGAUCUCCUCCUUUGCCAACCGCAGCUGGACGCGCACUGACGGCCUCGGGUGGCUGGGGGAGCUGCAGCUCUAUACUUGGCGCAAUGAGUCGGACACCGUCGGCUUCCUGAAGCCUUGGUCUCAGAGCACAUUCAGCGACCAACAGUGGGAGCAGCUGCAGCAUACGUUUCAGGUUUAUCGCAGCAGCUUCACCAGGGACGUCUGGGAAUUCGUCAAAAUUCUGCCCAGCGACUAUCCUCUUGAGAUCCAGAUAUCUGGAGGAUGUGAAUUACUCCCGAGGAACACCUCCGAAAGCUUCUUACGUGCAGCAUUUCAAGGAAAGGAUGUCCUGAGUUUCCAAGGAAUGUCUUGGGUGCCAGCCCCAGAUUCCCCCUCUUGGAGCCAGAUGAUCUGCAAUGUGCUCAAUCGGGACCAAGGGACCAAGGAAACAGCGCACUGGCUUCUCCAUGACGUGUGCCCAGAAUUGGUCAGAGGCCUCUUGCAGAUGGGGAAGUCCGAGCUGGAGAAGCAAGUGAAGCCGGAGGCCUGGUUGUCCAGUGGCCCCCCUCCCCGGCCUGGCCACCUGCGGCUGGUCUGCCACGUCUCAGGAUUCUACCCAAAACCCGUGCGGGUGACGUGGGUGAGGGGCGAGCAGGAGGAGCCUGGCACUCAGCAAGGAGACGUCAUGCCCAACGCCGACUCGACUUGGUACCUGCGAGUAACCCUGGAUGUGGAGGCUGCGGAGGCGCCUGGCCUGAGCUGCCGAGUGAAGCACAGCAGCCUGGGAGACCAGGACAUCAUCCUGUACUGGGAUGGGAACCGUGUCUCCAGGGGCUUGAUUGUCGUCCUGGUAAUACUGGUGGUGUUCGUCCUUCUGUUUAUUGGAGGCUUGGUCUUCUGGUUUAGGAAGCACCACCGCUAUCAAGAUAUCUCGUGACUCUCCUCCCCACACCUGUCUGUCUGGACUUCAGGAUCUCAGAGCUUUAGCCCUCAGAAUUUGAAGGUGAAAGAGAGCUACCUCGAAGAAGCCAAGAACAGGCAGCUCUUGUCACACACUUUGAACAUUUUAUCUAAGAGGAUUUAAGUUUGUUUGUUUUUCUUUUAGUAUACUACAAGUGUAUAUGUCCAAGUAGUUCUGUAAAAAACAGACGUGCACACUCAGAUACCUCUCAGGGACAAGCAGCUAAAGGCUGCAGUGUAA